AUGGGAAACCUCUCCUCCUCGGAGACCAAUGGUAUCGAGGAGGAGCUGUGCCUGGGAGACUUCGGCAAGCGAUAUACCCUAGGCAAGCAGAUUGGGAAAGGCUCGCAGGGGGUGGUGCAUGUCUGCCAUGACCGCGAGAGUGGCGCCUGCAAAGCUGUCAAAAUGCUCGAUCGGCGGAAUAAAACCGCUUGGGCCACCUAUCGCCGGGAGGUCGAGCUGUCCCAGGCGACGACCGGCCGCAACAUCGCAAGCAUCCUUGAGGAGUUUGUCGAUGCCGACCGCUGCUACGUUAUCAUGGAGAAGUUCGAGGGGCACCUGCGACGUGCUCUGAAGUGGGUCCUCAAGGAAAGUGGCGUUGAGGCUUCCGGCCUUGACCCCUUCUCCUUGGGAAACGUCGUUCGACAGGCCCUCAGCGCCAUUCUCCAUCUCCACACUUGUGGCGUCGUGCAUCGGGACGUGAAGGCGCACAAUUUACUUAUCGACCGUUUCGACCUCCGCGAUCCCAAGUGUCGCAUCGUCUUAGCAGACUUCGGUCUGGCGAGGCGACUGGAGCCAGGACGCUUCUUGUGUGCGCAGGUGGGCACGCGCAAGUACUGGGCGCCGGAACUCUAUGAAAAGAAGUAUUGGCACGUCGUAGACGUUUUCGCCAUUGGAGUCUUGAUGUUCCUUGCCGCCAGCAACUCGUAUCCUUAUCAGGACGAGGAUCAGACCAGAACCCGGGAUGUCUUCGCGCAGGAUGUG